UUUAGGAUGGCCGAAGCGAAAAAUUUCAAAGAUAUUGGUUUGAUUGGUGAUAACAAUCAGACUAAUACAGCUAGCACACCGAGCAGCGAUUUUGAUCGCCUUGAAGACUGCAAUGAAGCUGAAUUUCGGGGAGCAACAUUAUCACUUUCGCAAGAAACUUCACCACCAGAAUCUGUUGCUGCUAGUGCAGAUGAUGUAAAUGGCAACUUUGGAACUGAUACUGCAGUUGAUGGCACGCAUCGUAAAUCGUCAUCAAUAAGAACUUUGUAUUCAAGUGAUGUUCAGGACUUCUUUGCUGUUAGAGAAGGAGCACUUCAAAAGGCUGCAGAACAAUGCCAACCUGUACUAAUGGAUCAUCUCGAUGGAGAACUCCGAGGCGUUUGGUUACUAACAGAAAUAGAUCAUUGGGAUACAGAAAAAGAAAGGCUUUUGUUUCUAACUGAAAAAAGCUUGAUAUCAUUAAAAUAUGAUUUUAUAACUUUGCGUCUGUUAGACUACAAGCGUUAUGCUCUCACACAGUUCCAGCAAGUAGUUAUAGGAGAACUGAAAUAUCCUGAAAAAUCACUCAUGCCGAAGAUAAAUGGAGCCAUGGAUUUUUUUAAACAAAGAGUUUUACCAAAAAUAAGACAGGGACGAAAUUUUCGUCAACCUGUUAACUCAAGUUCUGUGAAGCUUACAGUUGUGGCUAACAGGCCAAGAUCAGCUGUCGCUCGAAAUCAGCUUGGUGUACAGUGUUCUUGGAAUGCAAGUCAACAACUUCCUGUGCUGAAGCGUUGGAACCCAUGGAGCAGAGAUAUUCCAUGGGUUACUUAUACAUCACACCCACUUUAUAAAACAGAUACAGCUGAAAAAAAAAAUUAUAAUAUUGAAGAUUUUGCCAAGAAGCUUGUAAGUACAAUUUCAUCAGGAAAUGAUCAGGAAUCCCUUGUGGCUUCUCCAGUGGAAAAUUCAUGUAAAAUUUUAUACCAGCCUAUUAUUAUUGAAAGUUAUGCUGGAAUUGUUGCGGCUCUUCAUAAUGCUAAUGAAUUGGGGUUUUUUAAGUCAAGAGGCAAAGUUAGUUUUUAAAUAUCAAAUGAGCUUAAACAGAGGUAGAUCCGAAAAGUUUCCAGAAAAUAUGAUGCUAUUGUUUAUAUGGUUCAAUAGUUUUUUAAUAAUGAAAUGCCGCUGUUUGCAAAUGAACUUAAGAAUGAGUGGGUAAGGGGAAAGAAUUCAAAAUCAGUAGUGUUUAGUGUUCUUAAAUGCUUAAAAUUUUUUUGAGUGACUUCAUUUUAUAGCAAACAAUUUGUUUAUGAUAAUAAAGCUCUUAUUUUAAUUUAAACUGUAGAAAGAAUACUGUAUUGGAUGCUUUAAUUGUAAUAAUAUCAAAAUUAAAAUUUUGUCAGAAUAUCUGUAGCUGUUUGAAAACAGCGUAGUUUUACGAACAAUUUUAAUGCAAGAAAAUGGCAGUGGUGCCUUUCUACAAUUGUGCCUGUGAUAUAUAUAUUUAUAUCUUUAAAAACAUAUGAAGAGUAUUUAAUUUUAAAGGACUGAAAUUUGAACACACUUUUUUUAGAACUUUAUGUUUUGAAAAGUAAUAUCAAUUUUAUAAAAACUUAAGUUUUUUGAACUCUCAGUUUUGAAAUAAUUAAAAUAAAUUUAUAAUUUAUAACUAUUUUUAACUGGUUUAGUUUA